CCGGCAAUCGACUGCGUCGAAUCACGCUCUUUCUUCGUCCCUCUCCUCUUUCUCUCUCUUUUCCUUCUCGCUCGAUCCUUCCCUUCUCUUGCUUCCAAAUCCAAUCCCAACCGCUUGAAAAGUGAAGCCAACCCCAAUUUCCCUCCAAAAUUCCUAACUUUCUUCCGUCCCGCGCGUUCCCGUUUCGCGAAAACCCCUCCGAGCUUCGCUUUCUGGCUAGGGUUUUACCUGGAACGGCGUUCGUGCUCUUUCCUUCGCCGGAAUCUUUCCCUUCCGUUUGUUUCUUUCCGGGACACCCUUAUUUGCUCUUGAGAUUCUUUUCCAACGGCUUUAGGGUUCUGUUCUCUCCCGAGAAAAGGGUGAGGUUGGAUCUGUGUUCUGCUAUUUCUUUGCCUAAGAGAUUCAACUUCAGCAUCAUUCUUUUCGUCUGUGCUCUUCCCUGCGAAGCUUUGGGGAGACGUGACAGACGAGAUUUUUUAUCCAAGUUCGGUUAGGGUUAUGGAUUUGAUGAGUGUAGCUCGUCAGGUUGGGGGUAUUUAGAAACCCUAAUUUUGAUAUGAAGGUGCAAAUAUGAGCAAUGGAGGUGCAGAGGGUACACCGGGAAGAUCAAAAGCUGACGAUUUUGGCUAUGCAGUGGCGAGAAAGGCUGUAGCUCAGGUUUGUGAAAAUGUUGGCUUUGAGGGGUUGAAAGAGUCGGCCUUGGAUGCUCUAACUGACGUCACCCUCCGGUACCUCCGUGACCUGGGCAAGACGGCAAGUGCCAAUGCCACUCUAUGUGGCAGAACACAAUGUAGCAUCUUCGAUGUUGUUCGAGGUUUUGAAGAUAUUGGCACCUCUCAAGGAUUUCCAGGUGCUUAUAAUUCCAGUAGUUGUCUUGUUAGUUCUGGCACUAUUAGAGAUAUAGUAGAUUUUGUGGAAUCUGAAGAAGAGAUCCCGUUUGCACAAUCAGUGCCACAGUUCCCCAUUGUUAGAGAUGGCAAGUUAAUUCCUAGUUUUGAGAAAAUGAACGAAACUCCUCCAGGGAAUCAUAUUCCAGCUUGGUUGCCAGCAUUGCCAGAUCAGCACACAUAUGUGCAUACACCAAUGUGGGAUGAGAGGGUCUCAGAUCCUCGAGCAGAGAAGAUUGAGCAAGCUCGGCAACGGAGGAAGGCAGAACGGACUUUGUUGAGUCUGCAGCAGAGGCUUGUCAGUAAUGGCUCAGCAGGUGCUUCAUCAUCUGGUGUGGUGGCUAAUGAAUAUGUCAAGGAAACGGGUACAGGUGAUGGAAACCCUUUCCUCAGGCAACCUUUGAAGCCAGGGGAGAAGGGUACUUCUUCGGUUUCGGUGCCAAAUAUAGAGAAGCAUGCUUCUGUGCUGGUGCCAUUUGCCCCAGCUAUCGAGGCCGCUAAAGAAAUAGGGGUUAAUGAGGAUGGUGAAGGUGGUGGGGAGAGGACGUUGCUUCCAGAGAAGAGGAAUACUGUGAAAUUUAGGUUAAAAACUAGGGAGAGAAUGUUAGUUGAACCCUUAGAUGUGCAUCUUACAAAGAAGGGCGAACAGAGAUCCGAGCAGUCAUUAGGGCGGGAGGACGAGAGGGAUGACAAGAAGAGGAGGGCAGAGUACGUAUACAGACAGUCUAUGGAGAACCCGCAAGAACUCACUCAGUUGUAAACUAAUUGAUUUGUUGACUGGAUUUAGCUUCUAGAGAAAUUUGCUUAAUGCAUAGCAGCAAGCUGUGGCUAUGUAUGCUUUGUUAUGAGCUAUCCUGUCGGGGUUAUGGUUGCUGUCGUUGUGCUGUAUCUUUACAGGAUUCUGUGUACUGUAGGGGUGUCCUCCUGGCUCAUUAACAAAAUUUUGGUUGGGAGGUAUGCGGAUGCUUAUUGUUGGUUUUCACAUUUGGGGUUUAGACUCCCGACUGAUUCUUUACCAUGAAGAUUUUGCUUAAUUCAUUCUCGUCUAAUAUUGUAACGAUGCCAUCAUAUCAUAGCAGUGUGAGUUAUAGAUUGAUUCUGUGUUUUUCCCCCUUUGUCUUAGUCUAGCUGUUCUUCUGUAAUGGAAAGCGUUCCUUUUAGCAGUCUGAUGUUUGUUUUAGGACAACAGUUAACAAGGAGAUUAUCAAUCAAGCUUCAAGUUGUUUAUGUAACUUACUUGAGUUCCCUUUGUGCAAGUAUGUACUUUGGAUUUGGAAAAGAUAAGUUAGUGUUUCAGUUGAUCUUGCAUUGUGCUCCCCGGGCCCGCCUCCAACUCGAUAUAUGUGCUACUACAGCUGCUGUGAUUGUCUUACCUUUUUAGGACUUUGUGGGCAGAAGCAGGUGGCUGCCAUCAAAUUAUCAAAAGACUGCAAUUGCAGCAGUUGAUGCAGUUGUCUUGCUGUUAGUUUCAUGGACCUCUUGUGUGUAUGGAUUGGGAUUCAAUCAUGGGAGAAAGAGCUGUAGUUAAAUGGUAUGAGGGAGCUGGCUUUGGGGAUGUGGGAAGGGCAGCCAGACUUGGUUUUGUUACCCGUCUAUGACAAAGGUAACUCUGCUUCUGUAACUGUGACUAAAUCUAAAUGGAAGUGUAGUAAAUUUGCAAUUCUAUGUUUGAAAGUUCUCAAAGAUGGCCCUCUAUGAAUUUCAACGGGCAACGCUCUUCUACUACGUGAAACUAUCAAGUUUUUCCUCUCGCCCACUGUUCUAUCAAUAUAUCGUAUUUAAGAUUGAUAGUGAUGAGGAUAUCGACACAAAGAUUGCUCAAGCGCUAUCCAUGGUUACUCGAAAUCAAGUCAAGACGUUGAGUGCGCAAUUGCAAGCUUUUUGGCAAGUGCAAUAUGUUUGUGCGACAAGGAGUGGAUUUUGCCAAGCCAAGAGGACCAAGAUGAGUUCUAAGGAGACCAACACAGUCUUCCACCUCAAGGCAUCCAAUUCGGCCAACAACUCAUAAGAGGCCCACUUCCAUCCCUUUUUUCGUAAGUCCUAUGGAAGCCAAUUUCCUCUUUGCUUCAUCCACGAGUCGUCUAUUAACUAGAAAAUAAAAUAUUAUUGCACAUUUGCUCAUAAGCUUCCUAUUUUGGAUUUGAGAGGAAUUGGAUUUUACACUCAUAUAAGCGUAGACUAGACUCCAUCAAGUUUUCUCAAUAAGAAAUUAAUAUUUUUGAGUGUUCAAUCUCGAAAUUUUUCCUUCUUAGUUUGUUCAUGAAAUCGAGAAGCUAGAGGAACCCAACAUCAUCAACUAGCCCAUAACUCUAAUUGUGGAGUAACCUUGUAUGCUUGGCUCUUUCCUCGAUUGGAGAUUUGGUUUGAGUUAUUUCUUCCGAUUGGAGAUAUUAGCUCUGUGUCACUUCAAUUAGGCUUAACUCUUGGACUUGUUCUUCAUGUGCCUGAAUUUCGUAGAAAUUUAGUUUAUACGAGCCGUCUAACGAAGGAUAACCAUGUUGCAUUGAUCUUCCUUGGUGGUUUCUCCAUUAUUCGGGUUUACACUCCAAGAAAUUGAUUAGGAAGGG